GGGGCUGUACUCCAGCUCUGCGUGUCGCGGUCCACGUGCUAGUCACGGAACUGGGCUCGCGCCCCUCGGUUUCUGCUCCCGGCGGCUACCGUCGCCACGGUGGCAGCCACUGCGUCUCGUCCUACCUCCGCCGCCCUGGGCGCCGUGGUGUCAACGGGUCCAGAGCCUAUGACGGGCCAGGGCCAGUCGGCGUCAGGGUCGUCCGCAUGGAGCACGAUAUUCCGCCACGUCCGAUACGAGAAUCUGGUGGCGGGCGUGAGCGGUGGGGUGCUGUCCAACCUCGCGCUGCACCCGCUAGAUCUCGUGAAAAUACGCUUCGCCGUGAGUGAUGGAUUGGAACUGAGACCGAAGUAUAAAGGAAUUUUGCAUUGUUUGACUAGUAUUUGGAAACUUGAUGGACUACGUGGACUUUACCAAGGUGUAACCCCAAAUGUGUGGGGUGCAGGCUUAUCCUGGGGACUCUACUUUUUCUUUUACAAUGCCAUCAAAUCAUAUAAGACAGAAGGAAGAGCUGAACGGUUAGAUGCAAUGGAAUACCUUGUUUCAGCUGCUGAAGCUGGAGCCAUGACCCUCUGCAUUACAAACCCAUUAUGGGUAGCAAAAACUCGUCUUAUGUUACAGUAUGAGAGUGAGGUUAACCCUCCACAGCGACAGUAUAAAGGAAUGUUUGAUACACUUGUGAAAAUAUAUAAGUAUGAAGGUGUGCGUGGAUUGUAUAAGGGAUUUGUUCCUGGGCUAUUUGGAACAUCACACGGUGCCCUUCAGUUUAUGGCAUAUGAAUUGCUGAAGUUGAAGUACAACCAGCAUAUCAAUAGAUUACCAGAAGCCCAGUUGAGCACAGUAGAAUAUAUAUGUGUUGCAGCACUAUCCAAGAUAUUUGCUGUCGCAGCAACAUACCCAUAUCAAGUCGUGAGAGCUCGUCUUCAGGAUCAACAUGUUUUUUACAAUGGUGUGUGGGACGUAAUCGCAAGGACAUGGAGGAAAGAAGGCAUCGCUGGAUUUUAUAAAGGAAUUGCCCCCAAUUUGAUUAGAGUGACUCCAGCCUGCUGUAUUACCUUUGUGGUAUAUGAAAAUGUCUUACUUUUUUUACUUGACGCGAAAGAAAACAAAGUAGGCUAAAAGAAGAUAAUUCCAAUAUAUCGGCCCAAGGCAGCAACAUCCUCCUUUGUGUUUGAAAUGUAAGAUUCAGAAGAACACCGCACAGCAACGUGGCUCACAACUGAAAGUGGUCUGUAAUCAAUAGAAGACGUCGAAGAACUGCUAAGUUUUCACAGUGUUUUCUGCUUUUUGCCUACCUGCGUGUAUGGGGCUUGGCUACCUCUGCCUGAAAUUGCUGCCAUCAACACAAUGCUAAAACUGACAUCAGGCAUGAAGUUGCAUAGAUUUGUCCAUUUCAUCGGUGAAGUAGAAGCUUUGCUAAGUGGAUUAGAUGAAUUUGCUUCUUUUUCUAAACUCAUUUGCCUGGAUUGGCUUUAAAAUUGUGCAAUAGUAAGAAGAUAGCUUCUAACAAGAAUGUCAGAUUGUAUGUUUCAAGGGUAAAUUAAGCUUUAAGAAUUGUGGAAAAAGUUGUUGGCCAAAUCCAGACCCUUUUAGAAUCAGGAAAUUUUGUUAAGAAAGACUCCACUGUAAAUGGGCUUUAGUUUUAACUCCAUUUGAAGGCAGUAACUAGUGAAAUAUGGAAGUUAUAGUACUACUUAAUUUGAAAAAUAUCUGAUUAUCUUUUGUCAUUCCAUCGCUGAUGUUUUCAUUUCCAGAGGGUCUCCCAUGAUUUAAAAUGUAUUCCUGUGUCUAGUUCUUGUGUUUUGGCAUGGGCACUUAGUGUAUUUUAAAUAUCUAAAAUCUGAACUUCUGGGAUCCAGCUGUAUUGGCCUUUAUUUAGCAUAUAUGGCUAUAAAUCACUUAUUGGAGGUGCUAAUAGAUCCCCUUAUACAGCUGCUGGAAUGUUUGUGAUGUGUUUGUUGACAAACUGUAUAGAAAUGGAAACGAUGCUACAGCCCUCUUUAAAAUACUCUCUUUAGCUUUAAGGUAUAUGGGUCCAGAUCCCAAGUAAAUGGUUAAUCUACGUUGGUUGAUCAGUUCAGGUUUAGAUACAAAUUACAUUAAUGGCCAUUAUUGAUUUAACUUUUAUGAGUCAUUGUAGUGUCUAAAAUAUAAAGGCCUGCCAGAAUGCCAGAAAAAUAAUUAUAUUUUUAUUUAUCGUAAACAUGAAUGCUGUUGCACUACUGUCUGUUUCUUGUAAAUAAAACAUUGUGGUUUUCAAAGCCAUAUUUAAAUGGUACUUUGAAAAUAGGUCUAUUUUUUAUAUUUUGAAAACGGCAUUGUUUUUAAAAUAAAGAUGAAAUGAUAAAUACCUAAUUGUUUUUACUAAAAUCUCUUAUAACUUGCAUAGGAAUACUUUAUAAAUUAUGACUUUUUUCAUAUUUCUGGAUUAUAUUAUAAUUCAUGUGAAAUCCUGAUAUUGAUUCCUAUGUAGAAGACAAACUGCAGUUGAUAUUUCGGAUUUUAGAGGUAGCACCAUUAUUUGAAUGCUUCCUAUGUACCCCAAAAUUACUAAAACAUAAUUCCUGUCCUCUCAGAGCAUGCCAGUUAGCAGAAUGAAUAAAAUGUGCAUUAAAUGAUUAUAGUUUAGAUUAAGAACAUACAAGGAGAUUUCUACGGAGCCCUGUAGGAUUCUGGGAAGAAAGAACUCAUUUCACUCAUUCAACAACACUUCCUGAGCUCCUACUCUGUGCCAGAUAGUUUUCCAAGCAGUAAAUACUCCAGACAGCAUCUGUGCCCUUGUGGAAUUUUCAUUUUAGUAUGGAUGACAGACAACAAAUACAUGCAUAAUAUAAUUUCAGAUACUAAACAUAAUUAUAAGUAAAAUGAAAGCAGAGUUGGAGAUAGUGAUACAAUUUUAGUGGUUGGGAUCAGGAAAGGCUUUUUGAGGAGGUGAUAUUUGAAACAUUUUGAAAGGAGUGAGGAAGCAAGCCACAGAAAGCUAGAGAAAAAACAUCCA